AUGUCUCCCCGCCCAAUUCUCAAGCGCACUCCCUCAGCCGCUAUCCACCAUGACCACCACGCUGUCCACUUCCCGCCCUCGCCCUCGCUGACACGCACAUUCGAGGCGCAUUGCCCGUCGACGUACGACCGCUCUCCCAUCGUUGUCCUCCCCAAUUCCUGUGCACUGCCGGAGCGCGGUUGCCCAGGUCGGACGUAUGCCGCCGUAGAUAGCACUACCUCAGCCUCACCCCCACGGAGUCGACAAUAUGCGGGACCCUCAUCCCCCGCACGCACGCCCAUGUACGCUCCCAAAGACCUCCACCCUCGGGCGCUCUCCCGCCAGCAUGACCUCCGGGACCGAGAUAGCAGUUGUAGUACGCCAAUGGGCCCAUUCUCCAUGCCUCCACCUCUAAUACCCGACCUCUCCUCUGAAUCAGAAGAAAGUGAUGGCUUCGUUAGCCCACCUGAACCUAACCUCUUCAGCCCUUCUUCCCCCCGCUCGUCACACAGAAGCACAAAUUAUAACACGAAACACACGCAGCACCCAUCCUCUCCAUACGAUCGGUAUGCUCCAACUGUUCCGUCAAUACCACAGCCCUCGGCGUUCUAUACUUCUCCCUCGACGCCGACUCACGCUCCACAUCUUGCCCCACAUCCCCAUCACUCCCCCGAAGAAACGCAGGUACAAAUUGCCCGUCGUCGCCGCGAUCGUGAGCGCAAACGUGAACGCUCGAGAGAGCGCGAUCGUGUCCGAGGUGUUCUUGUUGACGAAGACGAAGAAUUCGACGCUGGCGUUUGCUCUACUCCGCGGGUCCGAUCCUCGUCGUGUUACAAGACAAUUACUACUGCAUUCUCCGGGUUCAACAUAUCGGAGGCGGACAGUAGUUGCUUGGAUGGCUUCUAA